GGGGGGCGGGCUAACGAGGGCGAGAACAAUGGACUUGUCUGUUGUUGAACAACAAAGUGACGGUGGUCCGGGUCGAGUAGUGAGUGAUGGCUUUUAGAACCUCGAGCGCAACAAGAAGGACUCAUCAUCAUCAGAUCAGCCGUGGGGUCAAAUCACAUUGGUAUUUCUUGUUCUUAUUCUUCUUUGUCCUUGUCCUUGUCCCAACCUCGUCACCUCGAUUCCUCCCCCACCCAACGGAAGGGUCCUUACCAUUUAACAGUCAUUACCACUCCCUUCCUUCAGCUCACACGGAGACACACACUCACGCAUACUCCGCGUACGGACUGCCGUGGUGGACUUGUGCGGCGUAUUGUUCUUGUAUUCUUCGCCGUCACCAGCUUGGGCGAGUUAUCACGAGCUUGGGCACCUGAUCACCUGGCGAGAUCAAGAUCGAUUCCUGGCUACUUAAUACUUUGCCGCCUUCAUCACUGCUCCUUGACCACCAUCUUGGACCACAACCAUCCAUUGUCAUACUCGCCGUUCGACUGCCAUCCCUCAGCAGGGGUACGUACCGAGUACUUACCUCGUACCUGUCAGCAAGCUUCAAACCCCCAGAAAUUCCAGCGGCCGGUCUGUCGCUGGGCACACCUCCUAUUCGAGCCACCCCCUGUUCAGCCUAAAAAAGAAGUGGGAAGACGAGGGAGACUCUGACUGUUUGAGGAUCGCUGCCGUGAGCAGCAAAGCAGCAGAUCAGUCAGCACAGGGAGCCCGCUCUGCCGAAGCUCGAGGACGCCCAGGGUGUGCACAAGUUCACUCGCUUGGCUGAGCCUUCGGGACCUCAUUGUCCAAGGGCCAGGCAGUGCAGCGAAGGAAGGAAUCGGCGAGAUUCCAAAGUUAUUUGCCCCCCCUCGUCCCCCCACCACCCCCCUGGGCCUUUAACUGGACGGGCUGCCAGUGGCUGUCGGUGGCCCAGCGCACUCUCACCCACCCAACUAAAAGGCCGCAGCCAAACCUGCAUCAGCUCUAGACUUGUCAAGCCCCCCCCAUCGAGCCCCUCGCAAUUAUUGCCGAAAAGCACAAGACAAGCUCAAAACCCAAAGACCUAGUCCUCAAUCUUCCGAAACCACCAAGUCGAUUAUUAUUGUCAAAGACACCCCCGGCUCGCAUCGUCAACCCGAGACCGUUCCCCCGUCGCCCGCUAAUCCAGAGCUAUCCCAAAACCAUCGCCCCCCCCAAAGCGAACGCGUCCCCAUUUCCCACCUGCACUUGAUCCAAACAUUUGCAACUCCUCAUCACAACUAACUUAUACCUCAAUAUUCCUUCAGCUACACCUCGGUGUACUCGUGGACCAGUUGGGACUUUCUUGAACACACCUUUUUGCGACGCGACAAUGUCGCCUGUCGUCUAUCCCUACACCGUCACAAACAGCUACAAAGGGGGCCUUUUCAUGCGUACGUACAGCCGCAACGUGCGGCGUGCCUGGGAUGGCGAAGACUAUCGUCCACCGAAGCGCCUGUGCCUCAAUGACGCCUGGAACGCGCCCUCGGCUGCCGCCUCGAACGAGAACACAACCCAUCAUCUUGAUCUCGAAGACAGCCUUGAACGCGCCAUCCGAGAAACAAGUGUCGCGGCGAUGUCUUCCUCCCCUUCUCGAAAGAAUAGCACCAUCUUUUCCGCAGAAUCCCACGAAGACGACCUGGGCUCCAGCACCAUCACUCCACCCUCGUCGCCGCCGCCCGGCCUACAACUGACACCACCUAACGUCAAGGCUCGAAAGCCUACAUUCUCGUGUCUGGACAAGUCCAAGAAGGAGAAGAAGGAUCUCAAAAACGCGAAGCGGAAACGCGACGAGCAGGCGAGCGGACCGAAUGGGCCUGGAAGUACGCGUCACGACUCAGAACCGCUAUCGGAGAUCUUCAACUUUAGCACACGCGCUCAGAGCUCGCAGCCCUCGAACAACGAAACCAUGCCGCAGCAGGCUCCGGAAAGGACGCCCGUGGCGCGUCCAACAAUACAGGUCCCGAAACCCGCGCCACCGAAACAGAAAUUCGUCCAAACAAUACUCGAUUUAGGCCAGCCGCUUGUCCCUACAACAUGCCCCCAAUGCCAGAUGUCUUAUACACCUUCACUGCCAGAAGACACGCAGUUACACAACAUGUACCACAAUCGAGAUAACUCCGGGAUUGAACUUGGAAAGGCAUUCCUUAAGUCGGCAAUGCGGUGGUGCUAUCAAGUCUCGCAUAUCCCUGGCAGCGUUGUUGUGGUGGACCGGAAGAUGGCACUCCCCAGUCGACGAGUGGUGCAAAAGGUGCUAGGAAUCGUCAACAAGGAGCUUGGAAGCGUAGAUAUCAAAGAGGAUGAGCUGUGGAGCCAGCGUGUUCCGGAUGGGGAGAAAGACGAAGAAUCAGGCGGCCGCAAAUGCGACAGAUUCAAGGCCUUCUUACACGUCAUCGACGACAAAUGUGUCGGCAUUUGCCUGGCAGAGCGAAUCACCAAAGCCCAUCGGGUCCUACCGUGCGAGACCGCAACCAGCGAGACGAUCCCACUGAACUCCCAUUUCAACCCUGUUGGGCCCGUUUCGCCUGCUGCAACCGAGACCAACGAGGAGGAAAACAAUCACAUGGCGCAGAAACCGCAGAUUCCGACCCCAAUUGCAAGUCCCACCUCUUCAUCGCGCCCGUCGAGCAUCAGCAUUUCCGAGGAAACACAUCCAGCGGUAGUGGGCGUUAGCCGGAUUUGGACGAGCAAGGCUUUCCGCCACAAGGGCAUCGCAAACAAUCUUCUAGAGUGUGUUAUGAGUCAAUUUAUUUACGGUAUGGAGAUCGAGCCAGCGCAAGUGGCGUUCAGUCAGCCUACGGAAAGCGGAGCGGGCCUGGCGAGAGCAUGGUUUGGGGAAGACGAUGGCUGGGCUGUUUACAGGGAAGAAUAAAUUCGACACUUGUGUUACAUAUAACGAUCGGAGGAUCUAGCCUCCUGCGAAAGAGAGAGCAUUGCAUUGUCAUGGGGGAGGCUUACGGGACAUGAGGGUUCAUCCAGCGUUGGAUUUCGAUCAUGGAUUUUCAUGUUGAUUGGUAUAGGGUUGGUAUAUGGAAAAAGGUCAAGAUGGGAAAGGAGUCCUCUAGGUGGUGUACAGGUGCGCGUGUUUUCAUCGGCAAGACUGGUCUUCUUUGGAGAGAAGUGGCCAACAAGUCCAUUCGAGGAGGUUGUGCCUGGUCCUCGAAAUUCGAGGCUCCAAGAUCAACAACCACAUGAGUGAGGGCUGACCCAGUCUCCGAUUUCAAAUGAACUGUAUGAGUAUGCUAUGUCCCUAGAUUCAUUGGAGUGAAUGCCUGACAAGCCCUGGAUGAGGCAUUUUCCACCGCGUUUACUGAUCUGGAAGUCUCUCGCUUUGUUGACUCGUCAUUUCGGGGCCCGGGUUCUGGUUCUCCCUUCGUCGACGGGGCGUCCAAGCAAAGACAUUUCACCAGUUGACACUACAAUGGCG